CUGUCGAAAGAUGUGGUAUUAAAGCAUCAGACCUUGAAGGAAAGCCAGCAUUUCAUGUUAUAUUUAAUAAAUUUUUAAAAUGGCUGCAUAAUCUUCUGAAAAGAGUUCGUCAGAAAACUGGGGACAGUUAUUUUCCAGGUAUGUCUUGUACUUUGCCUGUCAUUUGCAUCUGAGGGAUAUAAACACUUCAAACUAAUACAUUAUUCUCAUAUAAAACGUUUAUGUUUCCCAAGAGCAUUUGAGAAGAUUCAAUCUGAUCCAGUGGCGAAGCUAGUCAUGACAACUGGUCAUGCUAUGCUAAUAAAUCUCAUGAAUAGGUUAAAGACAAUACAUUUCUAAAGGUUUGAAUAAUGCAAAUCAUUAAAAAUUUGCAUAGCAUCACCUGUUGCUAUGCUAGCUUUGCUACUCAUCUGAUCACCAAUAUUUAAAGAUUUACCUAAUAUGGGCACCAUGGCUCAAUAUUUUUUAGUGCCCACUUCAUAAAGUUGGGCACACACUCUCUACAGAGACGGGGGGCACAAUGUCAGUCUCUUGCCACUAAGAACAGGUCACAGUUGCCCCAACAGACAUACCUUUUCAGGGGUGUUAGCCAGGUUGGCUCUAAAAGAUCUCCAUUUUUUUCAAGUACUUUAAUAAUAGAGCUGGAAUUUUCCCCAUAUUACAUAUUGGCCUUUAUUUGCAUAAUAUUUUGGGCACAGCUGGCAUAUAAUUUAGGCAUUCAACAUCAUGUUGAGCAGCCCUGAAUUAAUAUCAUAGCCUUAUGACCAAUUCAAUGGCUGACCUGCUCAUUGGUAGUCUGUGAACCCAGACGUCAUUUCCCACGCUUAUUCUUCAUUUGGAAAGUUACUUUCUGAACAAAGAAUGAGCGUGGGAAAGGACGUCUGGGUUUGCAGACUGGCUGAGCUGUCUGAAAUAUCUUCAAAUGCUAAUGCAUUGACAUUUUGUAUGAUCAUACACAAUGUCUUAUUUCAGGUGUUUAUCCUUACAUGCAUAGUUGUUGAAUUCAGUAGUUGGUGUUUGCACUCUUCUAAAACAAGGGUUUUUUUGUUGCAGUAUUGUGUGCUCAUAAUGGAUAUGGGUUUGAUUUUCCGAUAUUACUCAGUAACAUGGAGAGAUGUGGGAUGAAAGAACAUGUUUUGAAAAAGAUCAACCUGCAUUUUGCCGACACAUUCCAGUUCUGCAAAGAGGUCAAUUGCAAUCUUAAUAUGUAUAGUUAUGGCUUGAAAAAUUAAAUCCUUUGUAGUUAGUGAAAUUUUAUAACAUAUUUACCUUAUAGUUGCAAGAAGAUCAUCUUAUAAAAGAACUUCAAGAAACAAAGUUAUCAAUGGAUUCACUAUUCUCAAAAUUCUGUCCAGGAAAGCAAUUCCUAAGUAAGUCAUAUUUCCAAUCAAAUUUAAUCAUUAAUGGAUUAAUAAUUCAUUUUAAUUUAAUUAAUUAGUUUUAGUUAUAAUUAUUUAAAUAAUUAGGUGAUGAAGUUUUGUAUAAUUAAAUCAUCAAUUUUAGAUCGCCAUCGUGCUAUGGGUGAUGUCAAUGCAAUGGUAGAAAUAUUUUCUAAAGAACCAUUCAAAACUGCAUUUAAUAAUAUUGAUUAUGCAACAUCUGAGUCUUUGUAAGUUUUGUUAAAGUCUUUUAACCUUGUUGUUUGUUGGUUUUUUGGUUUUGUAGCGCUACUGUUGUUGUGGUUUGUUGUUGUUGUGUUUUGUUCCUGUUUUUUUGUUGUUUCAAAUUUCAUUAACUCUAAUUUUUUUAUUUUAGAUGUGAAUGGUUUACGAUACAGUAUAAUGAGAAGGAACAGCGAAUUCUACUUGAAGGUAAUAGUUAAUUUUUUAGUUUCACGUUUGCCAGAAAAAUUGUCUGUUUUCAGAAAAUAUACUGUAUCAAUUUCUUAAUUUUGCAUGGAUUUUGCGUUACAACGAAGCAACAUAUAAUGUUAUGUUUAACUUUAUUUCAAAAUAAUAAUCAAACCUGUCACGACCUGCAGCUUCUUACUUCCCGAAGGCUGCCUCGUUCGCAUGCAAAGCCACACCCAUGAGAAACACGUGGCUCAUACCACGCACAUGUGAAGGCUGAUCGAUCCAAGUUUGAUGAUUCCUGUGUUUUUAGAAAAAAUGGCGAAACUUGAUGCGUACACGAGAAAUGUGUAUUCGAAAAAGUUAUUUCAACUUCAACUCACUUACGAUGGACUUCAGGCUAUUUUUGAAAAUUGUUGUUCGUAUAUGGAUUUUUACGAGGUCCUACAGGAUCGUGGGAUUGAUCGGAAAACAGCCAAGCAUUUCGCGUGUCAGUUUGGGAGCAUGGGACUGAGGAACCAAGGAACUGAGCCGUAUUGUAAUCUUCCGAAAUCAGCGGUAACUGGCGGUGAAGAACUUGAUUACAGUCUUGAUAAUGUGGAUCUAUUGUUGACCAAGGAGGAAACUGAAAGACCUCCCAAUGUACCGCCAGUACCGUCUGUCGAUGAUGGGAUGAUGUGCGAAAGUACGGAGUGCUGGGAUGAUGAAUUAGACGAAAGUCGUAGCUUUACUUUCACCAUACCAAAACAUGUCGUUCCAUUGAGUCUAACAAUUGAUGAUUUUGUUUCUAAUUCACCUUCUAAACAGUCAAAGACCUCUAAACAGAAGGGAAAGAACUCUUAUUCGUCUAAACAGAAUAGCAAGAACUUGCAACAUCAGAAUAGCAAACCAGUUCAUGAAAUAGAAAAUGUAAAUAAUGGAAACAAACUUGGUGACCUGGCAGAAACAAAGAGCACCGCGAAAUCUAACACAAGGCCUAACGUGUCCAGGAAGAAACCAGAUCCUGCUGAUGUUUUCAGAAAUGGAGCUUCUAGUUUACAGGUUGGAAAAUUUCCUGACAAAAAGGAACGUUAUGAGUUGGAGAAAGAAGUAUUGAAUCAGAUUGGAAAGGUUAAUGAAGAAAAUAAUUCAGAGGAAGAUGGAAUUCGGAAACAAAGCAAUUACGUGAAGGAGACGAGUGUUGAAGACAUUCCCAAAACUUCUGAAAUAUUUGGUGCUGAAUCUACAACUCCUACAAAUUCGGAACUUCUAAGAAAUGAGGGAAAAUCAACUGCGAAAGAGACAUCUCAGAAAGAUGGGAUGAACAAUAAGAAGUUUCCAAGAAAGUUUGUCCGGAAAACGAUGAAAAAAUCCAGAAAUAACAAGAAUUCUUAUGCACACAAGCAGUCCAGCUCGGGUAGUGUGCAAGGAAAUACUGCUGUCGUAACAAUGAAGAGAAAUAAUAAUAAACAAAGCGAAGAAAGUUGUGAACAUGAAAUGACCGCUGAUGAAGAACCUGGUGUUGUUCCUUUACAUGAAAAAUACGCUUUGAAAGAAUCUGACGUUAAGACAUCGCAGGAAAACUCUAAUGGGCAAUUAAGUGGUUCGUUAGGUGUGUCUGCAAGUGGAAAUGGCGAGAACUUUGCGUCCGUUGCAAGAAAUGACGUGAUUUCAAAAACUGCUCAAAUUGACGCAUCGAAGAAUCCUGUGGGGAAUAGACCAACAAGUAAACGACAGCACAGAAAACAAGAUGUGGUUAAAGACAAUUCUAGUGGAUUGAAAAAGGAAAUAUCUAGUAAUAAUGUGACCACAAGGGAAUCCUUGGUUAGUCAACGUAAUCAACCUGUAGCAGAUGAAGAAUUCAAGAGUUCAAAUGGCGGCAAACUUCCCUUUAACACACCAAAAGAUGUUUUGAAAGAAAAUCUGAAUGAAAACAAGUCAAUGUCCAAUUCUGAGUCUCGAAAAACCUCUCUGAAAAGAAACCAAGCCUCAACUUAUCAAUCAAACUAUGAUUUAAAUAAUUCUCGAUUAGUUUCUCAACAGCAAACAGCGGAGACAAAUGGUGUGGCAAGUGAACUAGUUCAAAGCGAACUCAGUGAAUUGGACGGUAAAAAGGAUCAAAGAAAUGAUAAGCUAGUGUUGAAACGAGAUAAGCAAGUUCCAAGAAGGAGUAGAGAAAUACGAGAAAGAAACAAAGAAUUUGCAGUAUUGCAAGGGGAUAAGCAGAAAAAUACUGAAAAGGAAAACAUUUGUCACCAAGACACGACAGUGCUGGAAGGAGAUACGGGAAUUAUGAAAAAGACUGAAGUAAUUCAUGAAGGAAACGUUGGACAAAAAGAAGCUACGAUUUUGGUUCGGAAUAAGAAAGAUCAGAAAAAGAAAACAAAGUUAAAAAGAAAACAAAAUCGUCAACCUGUUGUCUUUGUUAAUCGUAAGUCUAUAGAAGAAAAGCAGAAAAAUUGGCCAAGAGUUGAAAUAUUUGUGGGAGAUUUUCCUAUCCAUGUUCCAGUUGAGCCGAGUGCUGUUUGUCAACUGCAAGAUAGUCGUGCUGAAGAAGAGUCUGAUCUCAAUGCGGAAUCUAAGGAGAAAGGAAAAGAUUCUUGUGGAGAACUUGAAACGCAACCUGGUAAAAGUGAACAAGUAUUGGACAACGUCAGAUCUGAUGAAGGAAUGAAAUCUUCCCAUGUUCAGGUUACCAACGAUGACAGUUCAAUCGAAAAUUCAAACCAAGACCAAAGCACGUUAGAGCAGUGUGAUGGUGAAGCUGAAAGGAAGGAAGGAGCAGAAAGCAUAGUUACAAGUGAAUUGCACGAUGGUUUGAUUCCUGAGGAUAGUAAUGUGGGUUCUAUGGUCCAGUCGUCCAACUCAGUUGCUACUUCAUCUAAACUCGAGUGUAGAACUUCGUCAAUUGAUCAGGUUUCUAAUAUUCAGCUCCUUCACACAAGUGACGAGAUACCAGUGAGCACAGCAGUUAAGACGACUGAUUCUUCACAGCAAACGGAGUUAGACAUUGAUUGGUACAAAGGAAAAGAACGAAAGAAACUAGUCGACCAAGAGCAACAAACUGACUGUGCUUUACUCAGUACAUUUAACAUUGAAACGUCUCUCAGCCUUGUACACAUGCAAGACAAGGAGACCCUUACUGACCAUCCUGCUUCCCGCCGUGCUCAAUCCACCGAUACCAUUUCAUCCUAUGGUGACAAUCUAUCUGACUCGUACGGAACCUCUCCUUGCAGUCCCCUAUACGAUACUGAUUCCCAAUACGAUAUUAAUACAGAGGUAUUCAAUCGUCGGGAGUACGAAAGUCCUGCUGGAGUAUUUGACAUUUCAAUGUCACCACAUCAUGACGACAGAUACCUGAAGAAAGACAGCCCCUACCCGGAGAGAGAUACCCAAUACCCGGAAGAAAAUACUCGACACCCGGAGACCCGGUAUUUGGAAGAAGAUACCUGGUAUCCGGAAGAUGUUACGCGAUAUGAGAUUCCUUCCCCAGAGGGAAAUUAUGAAUAUGAUGGCUUCUUCUAUGCUCGUAAAUAUCAACGUAUGCCUCGCGCUGACCUUGACUGCAAUAUUUCAAGUAAUUCGAAUAUCAUGCGUCAAAGAUUCCCUACCCACCCCUGUCCACCUGUACCCUCACCAAUUUACCCUGCAAAUCCUAACCAUAUCCCUGCAGCACCCCUGUUUCAUCACAGAUUCCCCCAACAGUAUUUUCAAAGACUUCCCGGAAAUACUUCAAAUUUUUUACCCCAUCAAUAUCAUGGUUCCUUUAAGUUCUGAGAAAGAAUGGUCAUUUGAACAAACCAGACUGGAAAUAGUGAACAAUAAAUCGUGUGGUUUGGGUGUGUGGCAUUGUUCGGUUUUGUUGACACAUUCUGGGUUUCCCCAAGAGCACACUUUGUAAACUGUUAUGCAAACGUUAGUAUUUGGCUACCUUGUGUAUUGUGGUGGUGAAGAAAGCGGUAUUGCCUUGUGUUGUUUGUUUCAUGCGGUGUUCUUACCUCUUGGGUCACUGAUGUUUUUCUUUACUCAUUGCACAGAAUGGUUUUUCAAUGGUUUUUGAAAAUUUAC